GCCAGCCGCGAGUGUUUAUAUUUGCUCCUGGCUCGCGGGGAAGAAGGGAAGGGGGAUCCCCCCUUUAUACGUUUCGUAUUCUCCUUCUUUCUUCCGUUUUGCACUGAACUGCAGUAAGUACACCAUGGCAAUAUUGCAUCAUUCGCCGACCGGCUUCUCGGCGGCUCGGUGUCGAGUGCAAGUUCACAUUCGACGUGUCCGUGCCGCUUGUUGCUGGCCCGACGAACUUUUGCAGUAUAGAUAGCCAGUCUUCGCUUAUCGCCAGGAAGCGGUAUCGUAUAACGCCGCGAUUAUCGUUAAUAUUUAGUAUUUCAUACUUUGGUUUAUUAUAUUUUGGAUUUUGGAUAUUUUCUGUGUAUUCGAAGUUGUGUAUAAUAACAAAGAAAAUGGGUGUGCCAAAGUUCUUUCGCUUCAUAAGCGAGAGAUAUCCUUGCAUUAACAAGAUUAUCAAGGAGCACGAAAUUCCUCAAUAUGACAACUUAUACUUGGAUAUGAAUUCUAUUAUUCAUACUUGUUCCCACCCCACUGAUUCGGAUGUGCAUUUUCGAAUUGGAAAGAAAGAAUUUUCAGAUGAAGAUAUUUUUGAGAAUGUAUCAAGAUAUGUUGAAAUUAUCUUUCGUAUUGUCAAGCCUCUAGAAAUGUUGUUCUUAGCUUUUGAUGGGGUUGCACCCAGAGCCAAGAUGAAUCAACAAAGAGCCAAUCGUUUUCGAGUGGCAAGAGAUAACUCUAUUUUGGAGAGAGAAAUUUUACUAACGGAUAAACUCUUUGAUGCUAAUUCCAUAACGCCUGGAACAGUAUUCAUGGCUGACUUGAUUGACCACAUGAAACAUUUCAUUGCUUACAAAGUCUCGACAGAUCCACUGUGGCAGAAGUGUAAAAUUAUUCUCAGUGGUUCAGAGGCACCAGGAGAAGGUGAACACAAGAUUAUGCAAUUCAUUAGAUACCAUAAAGCACAGCAAAAUUAUAAUUCCAAUACCAGACACUGUUUGUAUAGUUUGGAUGCUGAUCUGAUUGUACUUGGUCUAUGCACACACGAGCCUCACUUUUCACUCUUGCGUGAAAAAAAUACUUUUGGCAAAGCAAAAAAGAUGUUAACACCCGAAGAAUCUGAUUUUCAUCUUCUUCAUUUAUCUUUGUUUAGGGAAUACUUAGGGUAUGAGUUUGCACCCAUAAAGUCAAAAUUAAAAUUCGAAUUUGACUUGGAAAAAAUUAUUGAUGAUUGGGUGUUAAUUGGAUUUUUAGUUGGUAAUGAUUUCAUUCCACAGUUACCACAUUUGAACAUUGUGAAUGGAGCACUGCCACUAUUAUAUUCUGUUUAUAUUGAAGUUCUGCCAACUUUAGAUGGAUAUAUCAAUGAAGCUGGAGAGCUGAAUUUAUCUCGUUUUGAAAAGUAUAUAAAAUCUCUUUCUCAUGUUGAGCAUAAAAUAUUUGCAUCUACUGUAUCAAGUAAAAUCUGUAAUGUGAAAGAGGCUAAAAAAGUUGACCCUAUUACUGGUCAUUUUGAACAACUCUCUAUUGAAUCCAAGAAAGAUGAUGCGAAAGAUUUAGACCAAGAAAUGAAGACAAAGGAGUAUUCGAAUUUUGAAGUACAGCGAAGAGAUUAUUACCUACAUAAACUUAACUUUGAGGAUCUUUCCGAAUCACUAAUACUGCCGUUAGUCCAUGAAUAUAUUAGAGCUAUCCAGUGGACUCUAAAUUACUAUUAUCAUGGUUGCUGCAGUUGGUCGUGGUAUUUCCCAUAUCACUAUGCACCAUUUAUCAGAGAUGUAAAAGGACUGGAGAAUAUAAAUUUGAAGUUUGAUAUGGCGAAACCGUUUCUUCCUCUACAACAUUUAUUAGCGGUUCUACCACCGGCAAACAGUCACCUAUUGCCGAAACCCUUGCGAUUUCUUUUGACAAAUUCAAAUUCACCAAUAAUUCACUUUUAUCCAAACGAAUUUGAAAUCGACUUGAAUGAUAAAAGUAAUGACUGGGAAGCGAUUGUUCUAAUACCUUUCAUUAAUGAAAAGGAAUUGAUAAGUGCGAUGGAUUCAUACAUCACAACGUUAAAUCCAAAAGAGCGUCAUAGAAAUACGAAUGGAUUGACGUGUGUUUACACUUAUACUAAAACCGAUCUAGGCUAUUAUCCUGUCGAUAAAGUAUUUGGUUCUUUUAUUAACCAUGCUCAAAUGGAACGUAUAAAUAUAGCAGAUAUGAACGUGUCUAAGAACAAGUUAGUCAAAGGCCUUUGUAAAGAUGUUCGAUUCGAUCUUAGUUUUCCGGGAUUUCCCACUUUUAGACAUAUACCGCACACGUUUGGAUUUCAAAUGAUUGAGUCAAAAAUGAUUUGUAAUCGUCCUAUAAAAAUUGAGAAAAUUAUGCUGAAUGUAUCAAUUAAACCAGUUCCCAAACUUGAAGAAAUAGCAAAAGAGUUACUUGGUCAAAAAGUGUUUAUAAAUUGGCCAUAUCUUCAAGAGGCUUACGUGAUAGGCGUAACAGAUUUUGACAAAAAAAUUAUGCUCGACAACUUUUGGAAGAAUUAUAGUGAAGAUAAUUUAAAACACGCAAAGUUAUCCGAUAACUCUCGCUCAAGUUUAGAAGAAGAAUAUUUUACAAUUAGCGAUGGAAUAUAUAACAAUGGUUAUGGCAUUGUAAUUGGAAAAACAGAAAUAUUAGUUUACGUUUUCCCCGCCAUGGGUAAGCGAUAUGUGUAUGGGAAUUCCGGAAAAGUGCAGUUACAAACAAGAUGGAGCACUCUUUCAAAAAUUUGUCCUUAUCAACUAAUCGUUAAAGAAGCAAAAUUUCUAAGCGUUGAUCUAAUGUAUAAAUCUAUAAGAGAUAUUUUUGCUACUUCAGAUUGUUGCUUUAUGCUAGGAUACCCUAAUUAUGGCUCUAUAGGACAGGUCAAGAGCGUCAAUUUUCGACAACAACGCGUUGUCGUAUCAUUGACUGUUACCGAAGAACCGAUUUUUACAUCGACGGAAGAUUUUUUCGUUAAGAAUAAUAAUGAUUACAUGAGUCCCAGCACAAUCGCUAAAUCUUUAUCAAUCAACUCUACUUUGAUUAAUCGAAUCACGGGUUCAUUACUUGUAGCAGAAGACACGGACAAAUUCGGCGAGUUAAAGUAUCACGAUAUAGGACUUCGUAUUAAAUUCCCAAAACAACAAAAAGAAUUAUUUGGAUACUCGCACAAGAAGGAUACCUUUUGGUAUUACAGUCAAAAAGCGGUUCAGCUGUUGCAAAACUACACAGAAAAAUUUCCUGAUCUUUUUGUGAAUUUAAACAAAAACGUGACAUCAAGUACAUUUACGGUGUCGGAACUUUUUCCGCAAGGGUCGAAUGAAUUGAACGCUGUUAAAUCGUGGCUUCUCGAACAGCAGGUCUUAUAUACUACAUUUUUGGAAUGCGGCACAAAAACUCUGGGUUUAGAUGGUGUACCAAAGCUAGACAAAUUUCUCUGUGAUUUUCGAUCAAAGCAGUCAGAGUCUAAAGUCGUAGAGGCGGAAGUUUCUUCUCAACUUUUAUUUAGACCGGGGACAAUAGUAGGUUUGAUACCACCAGAUCUAAAGGCUCAGCAUAAGUUACUUGAUAGAAUCAUUUGCUGUAGAGCGAAUUUCACAGUUCCGUUAGGACAUAAAGGAACUAUUAUAGGCAUCCAAGAAAAACAGGACAAAUGGAAAAACGUGUAUGAAGUUCUUUUUGACUCUCCAUUCACAGCUGGUUUAACUCUGUAUGAAAGUUUCCCACAUAAAUGUUACAGACUGACAAUUGCUGAUUUUGUGAAUAUCAGUUUUGGCCAAAGAAAUGCAAGUACAAGGCCAACUAAUGAAAAGCCGAAAACAGAUGUCAAAAACGCUCCUCCCCCAAGACCAAAUUGUCCGAAUAAUUUUAGAAGUCAACCACUGAAGAACGAUAAGGAACCAGCAGUUGUACGUAACAACAAUGCGAAGAUUAAAUUAACUGGUCACAGCACUACUUCAGUAAAUCGAAAUCAACCUCCAUCUCAUACUGAGAACCGACCACCAGUUACAACUGACAACCGUCAGAACAAGAGACCAAUUGGUCGUAAUAAUAAUUCAAGAAAUGAAUCAUCGCAAGUUAAAAAUCGCCCAGCAGCUGCAUCUAACAACAGCGCUAAAGUGCAAAAUCCGCGAAGAAUCAAUACCAAAAAGAGACCUCCGUUGGAUACAGCUGAGAGCAAGAAAAAUACGUCACAGUAAAUUAAGAGUUACAUUUUAGUUUAUUUUCGUUUGAAUUGAAUUUUAUAAAAGUGUUAAUAAUAAUUAAGUUAUUUAUAAGUAUUUUUUAAAGGGCUUUAUAAUUAUAUGUUAAUGUAGAGCCAAUGUUGCAUGCAAAGCAUACAACUAUAGGUAGUAGUUACGUACUGUUUGAUCACGUAUUUUUGAAAAGUCUGUUUGAAUUAAUUAUCAGUAUAAAGCGUACGAAUAUUAUGUAUCAGUUUGAAAUAAUUAUGCGUUUUAUAAUGAUUCUGUGAGUUUUUUGUAUUAAAUAAAUCAAUUUGCCAAAAAA